AUUAUUAUUCAAACCAAACGGGAAUACAAGCAGUAAUAAGCGCAAACUUGUAUCCGUGUGGAUCACACUACUAGUACUAGUUCACGUUCGGUUCUCCAGUUUAGUGUCAAGUUGACUAAGCGAAUACCUGUGUGUUGUAUGGUGCAGAUAUACGAAUGUCAGAAUGGAUAGACUUGGGUUAUUCCUAAUUACUGUGCUUUUCCUUGUAGGGAUUGAGGGCACGGCAGGCGCAUACGUAACACACGCAGGCAACGGUAGUAAAACUACUCGAUAUGUUUCUGACAGCCCUGUUCCCACACCGAUGGCCGUUGACUGCGCUACAUGUAAAACCUUCAUGGCCGAAACCAAGCAAGUGUUGGAAACUGCUGUUGGACCGAAAUUCGACGCAGAACUCUUUGAGUACUUCUGUAAGGAUAAAGGAGAUUUAUCCAAGCUCUGUAAAGAGCUGCUCAAAACCUUCUUCGAGAAGGCGAGGGAGAUUAUACUGUUUGUGCUGACGCCCUCGGCUUUUUGCCCGGCCUUGAAGUUCUGCACUGCCGAUGGUGGCAGUCUUUCCUCCGGUCAUGACGUCAUCAACGACGCGCCUCCGGAUGACCCAAGCAAAUGCGAAAACUGCAAGGAAUUCUUUGGGGAGGUUGUCAAGCGUCUUCAAGAUCCAGUAUACGAGCAACCAGUUGUGGACCUGUUUAAGACGAUCUGCUAUGCCGGUUGUGGGGACGCCAAAAUCUGCAUGGAUGCCGCCGAAAAGUACGGCAAGUCGCUGCUAUUCACCCUCGGAUCUGUCAUGAAAAAAGAAAAUCUGUGUCCUCAAAUAGGGGCGUGUCCUCCUCCCACGGCAAAAGGCGAAGACAGUCGCAACAAAACCAUGUUUUUUUUUCAGGUCCUCUCUGAGUACCUUGGUCAACUUCACAGCUCAUUUGGCAUCUUGGAUGUCAUGAACCCUGACCCGAGCCGUAUAUCUGUGCACAAGAACCGCGGGCACCAGGCUGCAUCGGAACCAACCCAGGUCUACCCAAAGUGUGAUGCCUGCCGUUGGUACAUGAAUGAAUACCACGCAUACCUCGGCACCAAAGUUGGAGAGCACCUGAUAGCCACGCUCACGACAGACGUGUGCAAAACUGACGUUAAUGUGCUUAGGGGUCUGUGCGAAGCCGUGAUUACCAGCUACAGAGACAACCUGCUGCAGAUUAUACUGGAAGAAACUCAAGCUGCGGUUAUUUGCCCGUUGUUUGAUUUUUGUGCAGCACCUUCGUCAAACAAGACUGUUGUUCCUACCCCGCCCGUGCCUAUUGGCUAUAAACCCUCAUGUGACGACUGCUUGGGAUUCGUGAUGAAAAUGCAAGAGGCCUGGAAGAACACAGACACGCAGGUGAAACUUGUCAAGCAAUUUGCAACCAAAUGCGUGAAGAUUUGUUCCUUUGAGAAUACCUGCCAGAAUUUCUUCUAUGUCAACGGCCCGGCGGUCAUGACUACCGUUGCAAACGAGGCUUUGGAGCCUCAAAAAACCUGCAAGAUACUAAAGUACUGCUCUGAAAUGCCGAAGAAGCUGGGAAGCCGGAAUUGAAGUAAAUGGAAGACAAGCCCAACUUUAACCACGGAAGAAAGUGGAACGGCCCCUAAAGCAAUCUACGCCACAAUAGUCACUCCUUAUUAGACUGCGAUUUAUGCGGGAAAAGGCAUUUUACUAAUACAGGGUGAAGCACUUUCAAAUUAUAGGAUGUAAAAGCCCAAUUCAUAAGCUUUCUUUCAGUACAAGUAUCAUUCAAAACACUUAUGUACUUUUUAAGUUACGGAGUUUUGAACACAACCGAACGCAACAAGGCUCUGUUCACGGAUCACAAAAGAGUUCAGUGUUCUUUCAAUAAAACGAAAACAAAUCACAUAAAGAUGU